AUGCAGCAACGCAAGGCCAAGGUCGUCUGGGGCGGCGUCGAGAGCGCGGCGGCGCAGGAGAUCCCGGCAAUGGCGAUGGCACGCAACGGCAGCUGGCCUGAGGCCGAAGGCGCUCCAGAGCACUCACCAGUGCCGCGGAAGAAGAGGCUGGCCCUGGACGAGAAGCGCUGGAACACGGUGGUCAACGUCAUGCUUAUCGCCUUCGUCAUGGCCGUGCCGCCGGUCAUCGUUGUCUACGCUUGGGGCGGCAUCGCGCCAACGGUCUGGAUCGCGGCCGCCAAGGCCCAGCUGCGGCGAGGUUCCGGCGAUGGCUCCUUCCCGUACGCAAGAAGUCCACCUGACAAACUUCUCGGUGGCCUCCUGCCUGAUGGACUCGACGAGAGAUCAUGCCGCAGCAGGUACGAGUCUUCCAUGUACAACCGGAAACCGGCACGGCGACCUUCUCCGCACCUCAUAGCAAAGCUGCGGAGACACGAAGAGCUGCAGAGACGGUGCGGGCCGAACACCGACGCGUACAGCCGCGCCGUCCAGCAGCUGAGGGCCGGCAAGAGCGUCGACUCGCCCGAGUGCAAGUACGUGGUCUCCAUCUCGCACCGCGGCCUCGGCAACCGCAUCCUGGCCGCCGCGUCGGCGUUCCUCUACGCGCAUCGACACCGCCGAGAGCUACGGCAACAUGCUGAAGAACAAGGUGCUCAGCGCCGACGUGCCGACGACGGCGACGCAGCUGCCGGCGUUCGUAUACCUCCACCUCGACCACGACUACGGCGACGAGGACAAGAUGUUCUUCUGCGACGACGACCAGCGGCUGCUGUCGAACGUGCAGUGGCUGGUCAUGAGGACCGACAUGUACACCGUGACGGGGCUGUUCCUGGUCACGGCGUUCCAGGAGGAGCUCGACAUGCUGUUCCCGGAGCGCGACGCCGUGUUCCACCACCUGGCGCGGUACCUGUUCCACCCACCCAACCACGUCUGGGGCCUCGUCACGCGGUACUACCGCGCGUACUCGCGCGGGCGGAGCUCCGGCUCGGCGUCCAGCUGCGCCACUUCGAUUCCUGGGCGCAGCAGUCGCCGAUCGUCCUCCGGCAGAUCACGUCAUGCCUGUGGAGGGAGAAGCUGCUCCCGGAGGUUCUUGACACGGAAGAGCACUCCAUGCCGAUGCCGGGCGGCGGCGCCAGAACCACAGCCGUUCUGGUCACCUCUCUCCAGUCGUGGUACUACGAGCGUAUCAAGGGAAUGUACUGGGAUCACGCGACGGCGACCGGCGAGGACGUGAGCGUGCACCAGCCGAGCCACGAGGGGAACCAGGAGUACGGCAAGAAGUCCCACGACGAAAGGGCCUGGGCGGAGAUGUACCUGCUGAGCCUGUGCGACGUGCUGGUGACCAGCGGCUGGUCCACGUUCGGGUACGUGGCGCAGGGGCUCGGAGGCAUGACGCCGUGGGUGUUGCACAAGCCCACGAACGUCACGUCGCCGCCGGACCCGCCGUGCUUCUGGGACAUGUCCAUGGAACCGUGCUUCCACGCGCCGCACGCCUACGACUGCAAGCUGAAGCGUGGAGCCGAUACAGGGAAAAUGGUGCCCCACGUCAGGAACUGCGAGGAUGUGAGCUGGGGACUGAAACUUGUCGAUACAAAGUUGUACAAGGCUUGA